AUGGAGAACCUUAAGCUUAUUCUGGUGAUUGGCGGAACAGGCGCGCAAGGGAUCCCCGUCGUCAAAGCUCUUUCAAGCAGCAAUCGCUACAGUGUUAGAGUUCUGACUCGAAGCGCCAAUUCCACGCGAGCCAAGGAACUCUCUGCUCUGCCGAAUGUCACUCUCAUCGAAGGGAGUCAGGAUCAGCAAAAAGACCUCCAUCGAGCCUUCAAUGGCGUGUAUGGCGCCUGGGUGAACACGGAUGGCUUCACGCUCGGCGAAAAAAGCGAGCUGUUUUAUGGCAUUAGAGCGUACGAGAUUGCCAGGCAUCACGGUGUGAAGCAUUUUAUCUGGGCAAAUACAGACUAUGCGCUCAAGAAAGCCGGCUGGGAUGAAAAGUAUCAUUGGGGUCACAAUGAUGCAAAAGGUCGGGUUGGUGAUCUGAUUCUUGGUCAUGGUCAAGAGACGAUGAAAACGUCUUUGUUGACGACGGGGCCUUAUAUGGAUAUGUUGCUUGAUGGGAUGUAUGUUCCAAAAGAACAAGCUGACGGUUCGCUCGUAUGGGCAAAUCCAGCUCGGGACGGAAAGAUUCCGCUGAUAGCCCUCGAUGACGUGGGUGUCUACAGUCUGUGGAUAUUCGACAACCCUUCAGAGUCGGCAGGGUUAGAUUUGGAAGUUGCGACCGAGCAAGUCAGCUUCGCCGAGAUUGUUGAUACAUUUACACAAGUCACGGGAAAGAAAGCCGCACAUGUUUACGUACCACUCGAAGAAUACCUCCCUGCUGCUGAGCCAUAUCCCAAUGCUUGGGCAAAUUGGGCUGCGGGACCAGACGUAGUCCGUGACGAAUCGUCGAUGACGUGGAGGCAGAAUUUUGCAGCUUGGUGGCAGUAUUGGAGUGAAGGCCUUGGCGCUACUAGAGACAUGGAACUUUUGGAUCGGAUCCAUCCUACGCGAAUCCGCAGCCUUAAAGAGUGGAUGGAAAAGGUGGGUUACGACGGUAAGCCCAGGAGUGUUUUGAAAAACAUUGGAGAUUUGAAAAGCAAUAAGACAUGGAACCAGUGAUAAACGAGCUUGUUUUGAGCCUGUAAUCUAACAGUUAGAUUUCACUUUUGUG